AUGAAAGGAUUAAAGCUUUUUAAAGCCAUAAUAUAACAAAAUAACAUUAUAGAAAUCGUAAUGAGACUAAUCUAAGGAUAUUACUUCAAAUAAACAUAAAAUAAAAUAAUCAAGCUUUUCACUAAAUUUCUUAUCAUCUCCCAAUAGAAAAACUUUGUUUUAUACUCAAUAUACAAAAACCCAAAUGUAAACAUAACUUUAACUUAAUUUAGUCUCUUCCGUGAUUAAAUUAGCUUUGCAAAUACUACAAAUGGUAAAACUAUCAAAAAUAAGAUUAAUAUCACUAAACUUAAAUAUUAUAUUUUAUCGAGUUCUGAAGAGUUUCCACAUUCCAAGCUUAGGUCAAUAAGAGAAUAAUAUUUAUCCUUGUCAAGUUUUAGACAAAAGAAACUACUAAGCGUUUUUUCUAAUAAAAUUGAGUAAAAUACUAUUAUAAACAUGUAUAUGAAAGUGAGGAUAGAAGCAUAUAAACUUCUUCUGAAUAGCUUCCUUUUUAAAAUAAAUAUACAAAUUGACACAAGAAUUGUUAAUGAGCAAAUAAAUAUUGGGAUCAUAAACGUAAAAAGAAGUUCAGUGUAUCCUAUGUUAGUUGAUUCAGGUUUAUACUGA